CAGCCUUGUCACCAGCGGUGAGCCGCGUGCGCCUGUUUGCGCUUCAGUGGACGUCCAGUGCAGUGCUGCCGCUUCCUUCUGUCAUGAUGGAGGAGAUGUGAGCCAGUGGGAUUUGGUUGGAGCCAGCCGGAUGAUGGUAGACGACAGCCACAUGCCGAGUGUGUCCAUGCUGGCCACUUUGACUGCCUUUCUUCUGUGUGUUAUCCAUUCAGUGUGUGCAGAGGAAGAUACUGUGAUGGAUACAAGGACAGCAACGGCUGAGCUGGGCUGGAUAUCAUUCCCUGCCAAUGGCUGGGAGGAGGUGAGUGGUUACGAUGAGAACCUGAACACCAUCAGGACGUAUCAAGUCUGUAAUGUGUUCGAGCCCAGCCAGAACAACUGGCUCCUCACAACAUACGUUGACAGACGGGCAGCGCUGCGCAUCUAUGUGGAAAUCCGCUUCACUGUACGAGACUGCGCCUCGAUCCCCAGUGUCCUUGGUUCCUGCAAAGAGACCUUCAACCUUUACUACCUUGAAACAGACAGGGCCGUGUCAGAGGGCAUCAGAGGGGUUGACUACUGGGCAAAUGCCCCCUUCCUUAAGGUGGAUACCAUUGCAGCAGAUGAGAGUUUCUCCCAAGUUGAUUUUGGCGGAAGGUUGAUGAAGGUCAACACAGAGGUUCGAAGUUUUGGCCCACUCUCCAAAGGAAAAGGGUUCCAUCUCGCUUUCCAGGAUCUGGGAGCCUGCAUGUCUCUUCUUGCUGUCAGGGUUUUCUACAAAAAAUGUCCCAGCGUAGUUCAAAACUUUGCCUACUUCCCAGAGACACUUACCGGAGCAGAAUCCACAUCACUUGUCAUUGCCAGAGGAAGUUGUAUCCCCAAUGCGGAGGAAAUAGAUGUGCCCAUAAAGCUUUAUUGUAAUGGUGAUGGAGAGUGGAUGGUACCCAUAGGCAGCUGCAGCUGUAAGGCGGGUUAUGAACCAGACAGUGACAACUUGUGCAGAGCUUGUCCACAGGGCACCUUUAAAUCAUCCCAGGGGCCUGGAUUAUGUCAGCAAUGUCCACUUAACAGUCGGUCCACCAUUGAGGCUGCUUCCCUUUGUGGCUGUCGGAAUGGUUACUAUCGUGGUGACAUGGACAAACCACAGGACUUGUGCACCAGCGUCCCUUCGGGUCCUCGUAACUUGGUCUCGGUGGUUAACCAGACAUCAGUGCAACUGGAGUGGAAUCCACCUCGUGACAUCGGGCACCGUGAAGACUUGUCUUACAACGUGUUGUGCCACCGAUGUCACAGCAGUGAGCGGCGGCUAUGUCAGCCAUGUGACGACAGCGUGGGCUAUGAUCCAGGCCGGAGGGGCUUAAAAGUAACUAAGGUGGAAAUCAGCAAGCUGCGGGCCCACACGUCAUACACUUUUGACAUACAGGCAGUCAACGGUGUCUCCAACAAAAGCCCCUAUCCCGCCCAGCAGGUGUCAAUCAACAUUACAACCAAUCAAGCUGCUCCUUCCAUAGUUCCCAUCAUGCACCAAGUGAGCUCCACAAGCCGCAGUUUCUCAUUGUCGUGGCCACCCCCUGAACAUCCCAACGGAAUCAUCCUCGACUAUGAAAUACGAUACUAUGAUCAGUCUCAGCAUUCAGUGUCGAACAGUUCAGUGGUUCAGAGCAAGAGUCCCAGUAUUAUUCUGGAGGGUCUGAGGCCCGGCACCGGGUAUGUGGUUCAGGUGAGGGCCCACACUGUGGCUGGCUACGGAGCUUACAGCAAAGAGAUGCUCUUCCAAACACUCACUGAUGAUGAGUUCAAGUCAGAGCUAGGACAGCAGCUCUCCUUGAUUGCAGGCUCCUUAGUUGGUGGAGUGUGUAUUGUCUCUCUGGUAGCGAUCGCCAUCAUUUGUACCAGGAGAAGGCAAUUGAAAGAGAGUGCGUACGGUGACAAGUUGCAGCAAUACAAUGCAGGGGGAGAGGUGACGCUGAGAACUGACAUGUUUAGUGGUCCUACCCCCACGGUGACCUUCCCCAGCCUGUCUGAUGGUCACAGUUCGCCAGGGGUCAAGAUAUACAUCGACCCUUUCACCUACGAAGACCCCAAUGAGGCUGUCCGAGAAUUUGCCAAGGAAAUUGACUCCUCAUGUGUCAAGAUAGAAGAAGUCAUUGGCUCAGGUGAGUUUGGAGAGGUGUACAAAGGCCGCCUGAAGCCACUGGGGAAAAGAGAAAUUCCUGUUGCCAUCAAGACUCUGAAGGUGGGCUACUCUGAGAGGCAGCGGAGAGACUUUCUGUCUGAGGCCUCAAUCAUGGGCCAAUUCGAUCAACCAAACAUCAUUAGGCUGGAGGGUGUGGUGACCAAGAGCAGACCCACAAUGAUCAUCACCGAAUUCAUGGAGAAUGGAGCUCUCGACUCAUUUCUCAGGCAAAAUGACGGGCAGUUUCCAGUGAUCCAACUGGUUGGUAUGCUGAGAGGCAUAGCAUCUGGAAUGAGGUACCUGGCAGAGAUGAGUUACGUUCACAGAGACCUGGCUGCUCGGAACAUUCUGGUUAACAGUAACUUGGUGUGUAAAGUGUCUGACUUUGGCUUGUCUCGUUAUCUGGAGGAGGAUACUUCUGAUCCUACAUACACCAGCUCACUGGGUGGUAAGAUCCCAGUGCGGUGGACAGCCCCAGAGGCUAUUGCCUAUAGGAAGUUCACAUCAGCCUCAGAUGUUUGGAGUUAUGGGAUCGUCACCUGGGAGGUGAUGUCAUACGGCGAAAGGCCUUACUGGGAUAUGAGUAACCAAGAUGUGAUCAAUGCCAUUGAGCAAGACUUCCGUCUGCCAGCUCCCAUGGACUGCCCAACAGUUCUACACCAGCUGAUGCUGGACUGCUGGCAAAAAGAUAGGAACGCUCGUCCAAAGUUCCCCGAUGUUGUCAACAUGUUGGACAAGAUGAUACGCAACCCUGCAUCACUGAAAGCUGGCACAAAUAAUGUUACGCCAGGUCCUUCCCAUCAUCCUUUGCUAGAUCGCGGCGCUCCAGAUCUGAGCCAGUUGACCUCUGUGGAGGACUGGCUGGCUGCACUUAAGAUGACCCAGUACAGAGACUCAUUCCUGGGAUCAGGCUUCACCUCCUUGCCACUCGUCACUCAAAUCACUGCCAAAGACCUCCAGAGGAUUGGAGUAUCUCUAGCCGGACACCAGAAGAAAAUCCUGACAAGUGUUCAGUCAAUCAGGCACCACCUCGAUGACCAGUCUCCUACUGAAUCUGUUUAGUUGAUACAUUCAUAUUGGUUGCUUUUGCUCUGCUUUUACACACACAUACACACACACACACACACACACACACAUACACACACACACACACGCACGCACACACACACACACACGCACGAGAGUCCACGCCAUCCUUUUCAUCCUCUUUUUAGAUUCCAAAAUCAAUCUCAACCGAAUGCCUUGUGGAAGUUACCAAAUGCACAUUUGCAAGAGCCAAUGCAAGGUCAGCAUGCUCUUUAAGUGGUGAAAAAGUGACAGGUAUCUGUUCUUUACAAAAUCUAAUCUGCUCUGACCUGAAUGGACUACAAUCACAAAAGCCCAUUUCUAUCACAAAAGCCCAUUUGUAUCCAUCCAUUCAUCUAUCCAUCCAUCCAUCCAUCCAUCCAUCCAUUCAGAAGGCAGUCUGAACCAACUUCCCAGUUUGACUCAAGGACAGUCCGGUCUGAUGCUUUACCUUAAGCAGCCAUCAUAUGAACAAACUGGGAAAAGAGAAUGAUGAAAAUUGUCUAAAAAGCCCAGUAAGUGGUUCUUGUGUAAAAAUAUAUACAAUAUAUUGUAAAGAAAAGACUCUCAACUCCCACAACUUGAUUACACGAGAACCCAUGGUUAAGCGAGACUGUGAAAAAUUUAUCUUCAUAUUGAAGAGUCUGUGCAUAUUAUCAUAUGGGGUGUUUCUUUCCUAUUUGCUAAUUUGUUUGAUGACUGUGAUUGUUAUGCGUAUUCUUCACGAUAAGCUUCUUUCACUUUUUGUUGAAUGUGCAGUGUUGUGCAUGAACAAACAGGUUUCACAUUUUUCUUGGUAUCCAUUCAGUAAUCCAAUGAGUAGAUCACCUCUUCCAUGCAGAGGGUUUUGCAAUGCUUGGUCUACUUAGAUAUUGAAAGUUGAGUAUACUUGGGAUAGUUGUUGAAAAUCAGCACAAAUACUCUCUGUAACCCACUGUGAAAAAGUUAAAAGUAAAAAGCAAUACAACAAUAUGACAGGAAGCAAGACCACAACAUCAACAGGCGUCAACCGAGAUGUUCCUCAAACAGAAGUGGGUUGGAAAAAGACUUACGAGACAAUCUUGUGAUUGAGUUGCAAAAGCCUACAUAGACAGGAGGUCAACCAUUGUUUCCUCUGCUCAACAGAUUGAAAGUCACAUUCACAAAUCUAAUUUAUUUCAUACUUGUAUGGAUGGCAUCGAAAGGGUGGUGAGACUAGACAGGAGGAAACCUUUGCAUCUGCUGUUUUUUUACUCAUAGGUCACCCGAUGGAACACCGUCGAUGGCUCAGUUGUCACAGUCAUGAUGAUUAUACAGUAAUGAGCACAUCAUAUAAGGUGAUCUGUACUGUACUGUACUUUUAUUUUGGAACGCAACCAGCGAUAGGUAAACCUAAAACAAUACCCAAAUUCUAUCAUGUUACGUCCAACCAAGACAAUUGUGUUCUUCCAGCUGUCAACAUGGCCCUUUUCUAGUCGAGUUGCCUUUACGCCAACGCACAAAGCAAGCAUUCUGUAGUCGGAUUAUUU